CCGAGUGCUUUGAGCGCAACGCUGAGGGGAUGCUGAAGAACAUGGCGAUCCACGAGCUGGCGCUGCUCGCGACCUACUGGGGCGUGACGGUCGACAACAUCAAGUCCGUCACCCCCGACGCCGCCUUCUCCGAGUGCAAGACGCUGACGGGGCCGGGCGGCAAGCAGUUCACCGACUUUGCGAAGGUCGGCUUCACGGUCGAGACAAAGGACGGCAAGACCAUCACGCUGAUGAUCGACCGGUGCGGCUCCGACUCGGGCGGCAACUCGAUCGCCGUCGUGAGCGACGCCUCGGGCAAGGAGCUCUUCCGCGCCGAGACGCCGGACGCCGCGCUGUCGACAAAGGUUGCCGAGGCGGCGGCCAAGGACCCGGAGAUGAUGCCGUACUUCUUCCUGCAGCACGACGACUACAUCACGCUCAAGGAGCUCUCCUCGUCGCACGUCAUCAAGGGCGCCGCCGGCGCGCCCGAGGGCAUGGCGACCAUCGACGUCGCGGUCGACGCGCUCAAGGUUGCAGAGUACCUGACGCCGCUCCUGCAGGACGCGCUCAAGUAGAGGAGCAGGGGGGGCACGCCGGGCGGGGCGAGAGGGCGCCGGGGGCGAGGUGGAGGGAGCGGCAGGGGAGCGGCGCAGCCUCUCGCUCUGCACACCCGUGUAGAGAGGGAGGAUAGGAUAUAUUGGGGCAACACCCAUGUGUCGAUGCCCUCGUCGCCGUCCGCGGCUCAGCGCUCAGGGGCUUGCGCGAAUUCACACAUCAGCUCGCGCUUCCCCGGCCGCAGCCCAGAUCCUGCUCCCACACCGCUGCCGGGGGCUCUCGUGGGCCUAUUCGUAGGAUGGUAUCGUUUGUUCGUUUGGAGCAGUACAGUGCACAAUG